CUUUCUAAUUACGUAUUUUCACAGUCUAUACUUCAACAAAACUGAGACUUUCUUCGGUUGAAAAAUUAUCGAGACGUAAAUGGAGCCUAAUGGAAAUGGAGCCACAAGACGACUUUUGCCGUUUUUGCAAGCAGAAUAUGAGAAUGGUUGGUUUGCACAAAUACUCAGUCAACAUUUUCGAUAGAUUUGGGAAACCAAGUAUAUCAGAAAGACUUUUUCAUGUUGGCGUGACGGUAGUCAACAGACCAGUGUCGAAUAGGAUUUGUCGGCGGUGUGCCACCUUUUUAACAAGACUGGAACGAGAUUUGCCUGUGUAUAGGAGGUGGAUAGAGGAUGAGAAACACGAUGAAGCCUCAUCAAGUCGUUCUGAUAAAAGAGACCGCGAGCCCACUCCAUCCAAAACACCAAAAGCUCUGAUAAAGUUGUGCCACAACCCUGCAAGUCCUGGUAGAGCUAAUGUUCGAAGGAAUAUUACGGAGGGGAUAAGAGCGGAGGAAGGAUCAAUCCUGAUUAUGCAAGACCCAAGUGUGAAAUCAGAGCCUGAUGAUAUUGUGAUAUCCGACACUGCAUUAUUGACCCCACCAGCGACUACGGAAUAUGUCAAAGCAGAAUGUGCUUCAGAAUUAGGGCUCAAUGAGGGAGGAUCAAUCCCGACUGUGCAAGACCCAAGUGUGAAACCCAAACCUGGCACCGCUGACUGUUCCUGUCGAAUUUUGCCUCCUGUAAGACACGUAGCCUCCCAGACUGACCCCCCAAAGAUAAAAUCAGUCGGCACACAGCUAUCUAUGCAAACUCUGCAGAAUCCCAUUCGAAGUAAAGCUAUCCAGGUGAAGAUUCCCAGCAGAGAUUGCGGUGUGUGCACCGACACCUUCCCCUUGGACAGUCCACUACUGCUCCUACAACCAACAUUAGUAAAGAGACCAUCCAAGAGACCUCGACUCAGCCUUACAGACGAGGAGGAAGACCCUUCAGAACCCAGAUCGUCUGUGGCCGUUCAUGAACCAGAGGACUCAACAUGACUCUGUGGACUCAGUCACUGUCGUGGAUUAGCGGUCUCUUUUCACCUUCUCAUGGAGAGGAGUUGGUGGAUGACAGAUUAGUGAAUGGGACAAUAAAGACUGCUGAGAACUUGAGGAAGGCACCAAGCCCUCAGCUGCUCCGUUGGAACUACUAACUUUAGGCAACUUAUUCUCCUGUUUGGUCACUGCUUUAACCCUCUGAGGUCUAAGGGCAUUUUCACAUAUCUUCUUAAAUUGACUUUUUUUAGUGUCUUUGCAUUAAACUGAUCCCCAUGUGUUUCAUAUCAAAAUGUUCAGAAUGAACUCAGCUUUCCGUAUAGUGAUCCCCACAUUUUUUUCUAGAGCAAUGUGUAAAGAGAUAAUUUGGCCCUAAAGCUGAAAGUUUGAUGUUGGCUUUUUGAAAGUCCUCAAAUCUCUUUGAAUAAAAAAAAAUCUUAAAGAAAAGAAGUUGGUUCAUAUAAAGUAUGUAAAGCUGGACCCUUUUGUAUGGGUUUCAUUACUCAACUAGCUAUGUAAAGAGGUGACUUUCUUUGUGUGUGAAUUUGAAAAUCUUGGAAUGGCUUAAUGGAAAAAAUACAUAAUCACUUUUCUCAGUAAGUCUCCUAUUGUCCUGAAAACCUAAGAGACAAAUUAGUGGACAAAUGUCUUACUUGCCAGGUGCAGCGCAAGACAUUGUCCACAAGAUGGUGCACUAUGCUGAUAAAUUAAGUAUAAACUCCACACAAGGACUGGAUAAUACAGCAUGUGCUGGCUGACAGCCAGCUGCUUUUUUGUUGUGUACUGCAUUCAAAUGGCAAUCACUUGUAAUGCAGAGAACAAGACAUGAUUCAGAGUCGCACUAAUUAUUUAUGUUUUUGUUUGUACUGACCUGAUUAACGUUCUCAGGAGGUUGAAAACCUUCAGGUUUCUGCAGACUGGAUCACAUAUACUGUAAAGCUGGAACAAAUCAGACAAACGGCAUAUAUAGACAAAGAAAAAAAAAAUUCUAGCUUCUCAAAUGUGAAUACUUUUUUGUUUUCUUUGUCAGUGAACGGACUUGUUGGAUAAAACAAGAAAAGAUGUAACCAUGGUGGGCUCUGGCCAUUUCUUAUUUGACAACAUUCUGUAGACUGAACGAAUGAGCCACCAAGAGCACAAUUCACUGUCACAUACUUUCUUCACUCUCUAUGCCAUUUUCACUUGAGCGCUCUCAAGCAAAGAGAUGAAUAAUAGGUAUACGUUCAUUUUAUAUACUUCAGCUAUCAUGUACAAAUCAAGGGACAUGAAACAAGUAACGCUACAUUACCACUUUUUUGGUGGGACAUAAGACUGAUUUUUGAAUUCAAAAAAUUCAUUCA